AUGGCAGCCGUUCAAUCAGACCCCGACGCAUGGAUUGAGAAGAUCCGGAAAUGCAGGCACCUUCCCGAACGACAGAUGAAGGCGCUCUGCGCGCGUGUAGCCGACCUGCUCCUCGAGGAGAGCAAUGUUCACCUAGUGCAAGCACCAGUGACGGUCUGCGGUGACAUCCACGGCCAGUUCUGGGACGUUCUCGAGAUCUUUAGGCAAGGAGGAGACCCACCCGAUACGAGCUACAUCUUCAUGGGCGACUUUGUUGACCGAGGAUACUACUCGCUCGAGACACUGUCUCUCUUAUUAGCAUACAAGGCCAGGUAUCCUGACCGUAUCACCCUCCUGCGUGGAAACCACGAGUCGCGACAAAUCACACAAGUGUACGGCUUCUACGACGAGUGUAUGCAGAAGUACGGCAACCCGAGCGUGUGGCGCGCAUGUUGUAACGUGUUUGACCACUUGAAUUUGGCAGCAAUCAUCGACUCAUCCAUCCUUUGUGUUCACGGCGGACUGUCGCCAGACAUUCGCACCCUAGACCAGGUGCGGACAAUAUCGCGUGCGCAGGAGGUGCCGCAUGAGGGUCCAUUUUGUGACCUGAUGUGGUCCGACCCCGACGAUGUCGAGACAUGGGCCGUGUCGCCGCGUGGAGCAGGCUGGCUGUUCGGUUCCAAGGUGACGGGCGAGUUCAACCACGUCAACGGCAUCAAGCUGGUAGCCCGCGCGCACCAGCUUGUGCAAGAAGGCUACAAGCACAUGUUUGGAGACCAGCUGGUGACGGUGUGGUCUGCUCCCAACUAUUGUUACCGUUGCGGCAACUCUGCGUCCAUCAUGCAGGUCGACAACGAGGGCAAGACGACGUUCAAAGUGUACGACGCCGCGGUCGAAAACCAGACCGACCAGAGAAACCCUGCCAUGCGUCGCGCAGCCGCACCGAGCUACUUUGUCUAG